UCUGCUCUGCCAUAGGUUCUCCAUGGGCUGAAGUUCCUUCGGGAAUAUCCAUCUGCUCCACCGUGGGUCCUCCACAGGCUGCAGGGGCAGGGAUACCUUCCACUAGACCAGGUUGCUCAAAGACCCAUCCAACCUGGCCUUGAACACUUCCAGGGAUGGAGCAUGCACAUCUUCUCUGGGCAACCUGUUCCAGUGCCUCACUACCCUCAUAGUGAAGAAAAGCUCUCUGAAAACAUGAUGACAACCCCAAGACAUGCAACAUCCAGGGUGUAGCUUCCCCUGAGCUCCCAGCUGUGGUUAGUGGCUUCUACUUCAUUCUGCAGCGCUUCCUCUCCCUGCCCCUCUGACCACCCAGUUCAAGUCAGGCAGAUAAAGAAGGCAGGACGGACCCACCAGGCAGCACGCUCCUCUCCUGGACAGGCCAGCACAGAGCUCUGAGCACACCCUGGACCGCGGUGCCAUGAAUAUCUACUGCCUCAUGAUACUCUUCAUCUCCUCUCUCUUGUCGUCUCAGUGCAACUUUCUUGCAGCUUUCCUCCAGCUGCUACCGUUGGCUGUGUCCUUUGCAGAGCUUCUGCCAGUCCCUAUACUCUCCGCAGACCCCAGACAUGAAGUUUAUUAUGAAGGGGAGCGUGUCGCAUUGAAAUGCUUGGCUCCGACAAUGAGGAAAAUAGGUGGAUUUCGUUUCUUCAAUCAAACUGGGGAGCAAAUUGACCUGCAAACACCUUACUCCCUCACAACUGCCUGGCUCCAGCUUACAGCUACAAAAGCAUCUUCUGGGGAGUACACGUGCACAUACUUUCUGAAGGAGUCCGGACAAGAAAUUCCUUCCAAUAGGAGCCUUCCUCUUUCACUUAAGGUUCAGGCUGCUCCCACGGCUCCAACUUUAUCCCUGGAUCCUCAGCAGCAGGUCUAUAUACCUGGGAACGAUGUCAAUCUACUCUGCUCCUUCCCCUCAUCUUCAGAUGAUGUUAAAGAAGUCCAGUACUAUGCAGACUUUGGACUUGCAGUCUCCAUCCCAGUAUCGAACGUGAAAAACUACAGCUUCAACCUCAGGAUCACGGGAGAGGAGGUCUCUGGGUCUUACAGUUGUGCCUAUUUUGUAAUUAAGUCUACACGUCCCGUUCGCUCAGAAAGGAGCAGCUGGAUCAGUGUCAACCUGAAAAGCCAUAAAAUCAGCUGGAUUCGAGAGAUCAUUGUUGGGGGUUCAUUCUUUACCAUCAAUGGCCUCAUCUUUUUCUUCUCCCACUGCCUGAUGAAGAGAAGAGAUCUGGAAGAGGGAUUCCAGAUGGACUACGGCGAGGAAUGAGAAGAACUAUCCCAUAAAGGUUUUGUUCUAUUAGCUAAGGCAAUCCAUUCUCUCAGGCCAUGCCUGAUUCCUCGUUGUCUGCCUCAGAGUCCCCGACAGGUAGAAAUGGUGCGUGUUCAACCGGCAUUGCUUCGGCUGCUCCGUUCCUCUGCGCAGACCCUCGUGCCUUCCAGCCUGCCUCAGGUCCGUCCGAAUAAAGCUGGACAUUGUGUUUGGGUCUUGUGGGUUCCAUGGAAAGAUGCAUGUUUCCAUGCUCCUUCCCGAAGUGUGUGCUUGUGUCUUGUGUGUGCGUGCCUCUGCUCCAUCUCACCCGUAACCCCACCAUGUUCCCAUCACACCGGGUUCUUUCUUGCGUCUGAAAUUCAGCCCCCGGUGGGGGACCUCUGCACCUUGGGCUUUAAUCUCUGGC